UUUUUAACUUUGUACACCCCAGUCCAACACGGGCAUCUCCAAAUCGUGAUGCAUAUAGUUCUUGAAGAGUGAAGGAUACUUUGAAAAAUUUAGAUGCUCUGAAACAUCCAGGAUGGCCUUUUCUUAAGUUCCCACUUGCAGCCACAAAUGAAAAGUAAAUAUAUGAAUGUGAUGUAGGCCAAAAUAUUUCUCUCACAUCUUCUUGCUGUGGAGUAUGUCGUAGCAAUCAAUUAAAUGUUUUCCACGAAAUUAAUUAAAUGCAUCUAUCCCUCAAUCGACACCCAAAACAAAAUUAACACUAGGGCAGGUGGGGGUGUUCCGGAUAAUGGCGCAUCCAGUUGAUGGAAAAAUAUUUUCUCUCAGCUACCGAUCUCUGCAAGUUCCCGGAACCUUAACUUCCCAGCUGAAGACGCCAGGGCGCUGUAAUGAUGCUGCACCCGGUGCAAAACAAUGGGGGCGGACUUCUGGGCAGCCUAGCAACUGCCGGGCGCGCUGUCUCCACAGCAACUGUCCUUCCCUGAGGACCGCCGCGGGCUGUGGGGGGGAGGGAAGGCAGACAAGCGGGGCCACCGUGCGAAAGGCGCCCAGCGCAGGUGGGGAAGAACGGCCUGGUGGUACCGCUGCUGCCGUCGCGCCUCAGCACUGAGAACGAAUACGUCAUGAAGCAAAUAUUAAUGUUUGAUUAUUUGGAAUUGGGUGUUGUUCAGAUCUCUCAAACAUAAUCUUCCUGGCUAAGUGCAUCCGUACUGUAUGGAAGGCAAAAGGAAAACUCAUCAUCCGGUGCAGUCAAUAAAUCGAAACAAAUUAACCUCUGAACUGUUGCCUCAGAAGCAAACCAACAAGUGUCCGUCGUUGCAAGAGCGUGGGAUCAAGAACAGCGCUGCCCAGAAUUUAGCUAAAAACUUCAAGAAAACCUCUGAUGUGAAAAGGGCAGAUGCUAUCUUAAGGAAACGAAUCAAUGAUGGAGAUUUGCAAGCAAUUUUCCUGCUGGGGCAACUCUACUUUGAAGAGGGAUGCUUUGAAACAGCUUUUGAAGAGUUUAACAAAAUUAAAGACACAGACUUUCAAGCUCUGUAUCAGCUUGGUGUGAUGUAUUAUGAUGGCUUAGGUACUAAGGAGAAUCCUGCUUUGGGUGUGGAAUACAUGAACAGAAUCAUAAACUCUGAAGAUCCAAGAGCACAACAUUUGAAAUUUGUAGCAUAUUACAAUUUGGGCAGAGCUUCUUUCGAAGGAUUUGGCAUCCAGCAGAGCAAUGCAGAAGCGGAGAGACUAUGGCUUCUUGCUGCAGAUGAUGGUAAUCCAAAAGCUAGUGUGAAAGCCCAAACUAUUCUAGGAUUGUUUUACUCUAGAUCUGAGUCACAGGAUUUGCAAAAGGCAUUCUUUUGGCAUUCUGAAGCAUGUGGCAAUGGAAGUCUAGAGUCCCAGGGUGUGUUGGGCUUAAUGUACCUCACUGGGCAAGGUAUCCGUAAGGAUACACAGUCUGCAUGGAAUUGCCUGAAGGAAGCAUCAAGCAGAGGCAAUGUUUAUGCUCAGGGUCACCUAGUUGCUUACUUUUACAGUCGUAAGCUCUACUAUAACACUGUUGAUCUUGCUCAAAGGGUUGUUGAAUAUGACAAUAUCCCACGAAUAGCAAAAGAAACUGAUUGUUUACCAGUUUACAUAGCAAAGGGUAUCGCCAUGGCUGCUUUCUACUACGCCAGAUGUCUACAGUUGGGCUUAGGGAUACAACAAAAUCAGACAGAAGCCAUGAAGUACUACUGCAGGGCAAUUAACAUGGAUCGUGAUAUAGCAACUGACCUGCAUUUUCAAGUUAUAAUGGCAAGAAUUUAAGAAGCAAUCAUUCUGAUGAAGUCCUUCAAUAGACCCUGCACCUGUGGAUUAUAAUGACAAUUAAGUAUAGUUAAACUACAGCUUUUCCAUUGUGUAGUUAAUUCCACAUUUUUGAAACAAGAAAUUGUAGAACUAAGUUGAGAGUAAAAAGACAUGCGAUUCCUGAAAACAUUUUCAACUUCUUCUUACUAGAUAAAUAGGAGCUAGGACUUAAUCGAAUUGUGCCAUAUGUUCAUCUCAAACUCUCAAUGUAACAAUUUACAAUACAUCAGAAUUUUGCUAUAUAUUGAAAAGAAAUCCUGGAACACUUUAA